UCAACUUAUACACUCUAUUAUCAAUGAAUACUCUCACUUAACACUGGGACGAUUUUAAUUCUUGGUGUUGCAAUAAUUCAAUAAUUCGUUUUGUAACCUACAAAGUCUAAACAACAAAUAACUUUCGAUCAUGUAGUAUAUGGCUAUAGUUUUUACACAGAAAAAUCCAAUUUGCUCAAACGUAAUAUGUCACAUUCAAACGCAAACCAAAUACAUCUAAUGAGUUCAUCUGGAAGUGCAUCUCAAAUGGCCACAACUCAGGGUCAUUUAACAGCCUCAGCCAUUACAUUCAAUUUUCGAGAGCUCAUCAAGGAACCAAAAGGAUUGGAUGAAGCUGCUAACUAUUUGUUUCAGGGACUUCUAGAUGAUGUAGUAGCCGGCAUUUUCAUAGAAAUUCAUCAUUUGCGGAAGACAGGCAAUUUGACUGCCCUUGAUGGAGUCGGUGAAGAAAAUGCAGAGUCUGCCUACAGAAUUUGUGAGAUGCCAAAUUUGGACAUAUUUGGCAUAUCAACAGCUAAAAAACCGAUGGACUGCACCUGUCCACAUUGUGACAGGUUAGUGGCGGCGGCCCGAUUUGCACCACACUUGGAGAAAUGCAUGGGCAUGGGACGCAUCUCUUCUCGGAUUGCCAGUCGACGGUUAGCAACUAAGGAGGGCACUAGUGCCAGUUCUUCCUCAACUUCAACAUACCUUCAGUCGGGUGGAAAUACAGGCGGUACCGAUGACGAAGAUGAUGUGGACUGGUCGUCCGAUAAGCGCAAAAAGAAGUCAACUCAGAGCUCACGAAACAACGGAUCUAAAAAGAACAAUGGAAAAACUUUCUAGCGUGACGUCUCCUAGCUUUAUUAAGAUUUGUUAUUAAACUUAUAUGAAUAUAAAUCAAUAUAUUUAGAGACUUAACUCUUACUCCUCCU